AUGGGCCUCCAUAACCCGUUGCCGUCGUCUAUGGCGUCGGAAUGCAAGAAGUGCGGCAAGAUUCUGACGUCCUUUAUCGACCCUCGGCAAGCAUUUAGUCCCGACAAGAUUAUUCCUCCCUCGAUUCUCGCCAACGCGAAGGUGAGCCAUAUUCGCACCCCGCCCUCCCUACACGACUUUUCCGUCGCCGCCUUGGGCCUCGCGAUCCUUACUGUCCUUAAGGCAGGCUUCCUCGGCUCCGGUCGUUUUGGCAGCGGUCUGGUCGUUUCGCGGCUCCCCGACGGGUCCUGGAGCGCCCCAAGCGCUAUCGGUACCGCUGGUGCCGGCUUUGGAGGACAAAUUGGUUUCGAGCUUACUGAUUUCGUCUUCAUCCUCAACGAUGCGAGCGCCGUAAAGACCUUCGCCCAGGCCGGCUCUCUUACCCUGGGAGGCAAUGUCUCUAUUGCCGCGGGACCUGUAGGUCGCAAUGCCGAGGCCGCCGGCGCCGCCUCGCUUAAGGGUGUUGCGGGUAUCUUCUCCUACUCCAAGACCAAGGGCUUGUUUGCUGGUGUAUCGCUCGAGGGCUCCGUCAUUAUCGAGCGCCGCGACGCCAACGAGAAGCUCUACGGCACCCGCUACACCGCUGCUCAGAUUCUUACCGGCAGUGUUCGCCCACCACCCCAGGCCGCACCUCUCAUGAACAUCCUGAACUCCCGCGCCUUUAACGCCGGCCGCACUGGCCAGGCCAACGAUUCCAUGUAUAAUGACAUCCCCGUCUACGAGCAAGGUCACGACGAUGUGGUGUGGAACGGCCGCCGGGGUAGUGGCUAUGGCGAGGGGGAGUUUAACAACCGCAGCAGCACCUUCGGCGGUGGCAGCGGUGCCGACGAGUUCGGCGGGCCCAAAAGGUCCAGCACGUGGCAAGAUGACGUUUACGACAGGCCCACCGGCGGCGGCGGCGGCUUUGGUGGCCUGUCCCGCUCCAACACCUUUGCGUCAAGAGGAGGCAACGACAACUAUGUCUAUAGGGAUAACCCGUCGCCUGGCUUUGGCGGGUUGGAGCAAAAGACUGGGCCGCCAGGUAGGCCCGCAGCGCCGAAGCCCAACUUCGCGUCCAAGACGGCCAUGCUCAAGAAAAACGAGGCUGUUGCGCUUUUCACUUUCGAAGCGGACCAGCCUGGCGACCUUGGGUUCAAGAAGGGCGACGUCAUCACGGUGCUCAAGAAAACAGAAAGCGACACCGAUUGGUGGACCGGUAUGAUUGGAUCGAGGCACGGUAUUUUCCCGAGUAACUACGUCAAAAUGAAGGAAUAA